UCUUGCCAGUAAAAUGUUAGGUUAGAUUUUUAGGUUCCUGAAAUUUAAAAAUUAAACAAAUUCAGUUUUAAAGAAUUAAUACCUAUAUAUAUUUUUUUAAAUUUAAUGCAAAUGUUGAUAAUUCCUGCGGAGAAUGUUUAAUAGUUUUCGCUAUUUUAACUAGUGAAAUAAAACUCUUCUAAAUACUAAAUAUCUUUACAAUUUUUAUUAGCCACAUUUUCAUGGAUAGAAUUUGUGAAAUAUGUGGAAAAACUUCAAAGUAUAAGUGCCCAAGAUGUUACAUUUAUUAUUGUUCAGCUUUGUGUUGUAAGAAACAUAAAAAUGGUAAAUGUAAGAGUAAUUCAUAUAACAACAAAACCCAGGAAGUUAAGAGAAUUGAUGGAAAGAAGAAAGAAAUUAAAGGGAGUUCCACUAUCGCUACCGAAAAGCUAGACUUAUUAGACAAUGAUGAGGCGGUGAAGAAGUUAUUGACAAAUAAACAUUUGAGGGAUUUAUUGUCAGUCGUCGACAAGGCAGAAAAUGCUGAGGAAAUAAUGCACAAAGCUAUGCAAGAACCGAUUUUUGUCGAGUUUGCUGAUGCUUGUUUAAGGGUUGUUGAUCCUAAAAGUGACGAUGAAAAUUAAAUAAUGUUACGUUUAUUAUUGUAUGUCUAUACUAUUUCUUCUGUUAAAAGUACGAUAAUCUACAAUGUGCCAUUAACGAUUAAUUUUUAUUAAAAGUAAUUUUUAUAAAA